UCCGAGGGUUCUUACGCUAAGCAAAGCGAUGGCAGAAAUUUGAUCGGAAGCGACUACGCCUGAAGUAGCAGAGAAAAUCGCGAAGGUAGCUUUUGAGGAAUUUGCAGCUCAAUUUCCAGUGUUUUCCCUGGCCGUCGCCGGAGCAAUUCAUGGCGUCGAAUGUUGAAGUUCUGCAUAUAAUUUUGCUGGCAAUUACCUUCCGUGUCUCUUGCUCGGAGAACAACCUAAAGGAAUUGAGAACUAAAGAGACAAACCAAGACAAAAUUAUUCAACUUGGCCAUUCGGUGAAGUAUAAGAGGGCUGAUCCAUCAAAAGUAGUGCAACUCUCAUGGCAACCAAGGUCAGGGUCUUCUUGUAUAGAGACUUCCUGUCGAAUGAGGAGUGUGAUUACCUUAUUUCUCAGGUUCAUGCCAAGAAAAGCCACACAGGAUGGGGCAAUGACUCACAAAGUAUAGGCAUGAGCAGAAUUCCGACUAAUUUUAAUGUUUCUCUCGAUGCAGAUGAUGAAGUCAUUAGAAUGAUCGAAGAAAGAAUUUCUGCCUGGACUUUCCUUCCCAAAGGUACAGAUAAUACAUCGAUUAUCCGACCCUUAACACUCCAAGAAUUCAUCCUCUGCCUGUUAUACAAUUCUGUAACUUAUUGCUUUGCAGAGAACAGCUUGUCUUUGCAGAUUCUGCACUUCGGGUCCGGAGACUUCGAGCAUUUGUACAACUACUUCAAUGGAAAAUCUGUCGAUGAACCAAUAUUGGCAACGGUUAUUUUGUAUCUCUCGGAUGUAAAUCACGGCGGGCAGAUCAUUUUCCCCCAUUCAAACAACAAGAUCCUGUCCGAUUGCGCGAGCAGUUUGAAACAGGAAAAGGGAAAUGCCGUCGUGUUCUUUAACCUACACCUGAAUGCCGCGCCGGAUACGAGCAGCUCCCACGCCCGAUGCCCCGUCCUUGUUCCCGGCGGCGGCGAUCUAUGGUGCGCCGCCAAGCUAUUUUACCUGCACAGAGUAGUCUCCGGCGCCGGCGAGAGGGGCGAAGAUUCUGCUGCAGGUUGCACAGAUGAAGAUGAGAACUGCCCUCACUGGGCUGCCAUUGGUGAGUGCCAAAGGAACCCUGUUUUCAUGAUCGGCUCCCCUGAUUACUACGGCACUUGUAGAAAGAGCUGCCAUGCUUGCCACCUAAAAUAA